GUAGAACUAAUAUUGUCCUUUUCUGUCAUUAAUAGUCCUUAGUGGCUUUUACGGUAAAUAAAGUAAGAACCAGCCUUCGAUGACGUAAUUGUGGUCACAUGAGCAGUCUUGUGACUUGAAUCAUACAGCAUAAAGAAUUUGUUUUGCACGGACCUCAGAUAUAUAUUAAACAGAAGAAAGAUGAAGUUGUUGUUAUGUUUCGCUGCUUUGCUGUCGUGCGCGAUGGCAAUGUCAAUGGAGCUUUUGACUCAAGCUCGACAUCUCCAGACCGAUGUAGACGCGGGUAGAUCAAUGGAACACUUGUUUUCAACUUUUAAACAAGUUCACAAACGUAAAUAUGAAAAUGAUGCAGAAGAGAAUAUGAGAAGUAAAAUUUUUGAGAUUAAUGUCAACCACAUUAGAGAACAUAACAUCAGAUAUGCCAAGGGAGAAAAAUCUUACUAUCUUGGUGUAAACCAGUUCACUGACAUGACUCAUAGAGAGUUCCUGAAGUUGUAUACAGGGCACAUCAAAGCUGUAAAUGGGUCUAUAACCAAACCAUCAACUUACCUGACCCCGUCCAACAUUCUUCUACCAGAGAAGGUUGACUGGAGGGAGAAAGGAUAUGUAACCGAGGUCAAAAACCAAGGACAGUGUGGCUCUUGUUGGUCAUUCAGUACUACUGGUUCCCUUGAAGGACAGACUUUUGCCAAGAAAGGUAAAUUGAUAUCUCUUAGUGAGCAGCAACUUGUGGACUGUUCUGGUUCAUACGGGAACCAGGGAUGCAAUGGCGGUCUUAUGGAUCAAGCUUUCGAGUAUAUUAAAGCUGUCGGAGGUAUUGAAAGUGAACAGGACUACCCAUAUGUUGCUGAGGUUUGUUUUUUAGCUCGACUAUUAGAUAAGAAUAAGUAGAGCUAUUGUAGUCAC